AUGAAGAUGGCAACGACGGUGUUCAAAUGGACGCGUGCCCUUUCUCCGGAAGGUUUUACGACUUCGAACUUGUAUUUUUCAGAAUUGUGCGAAUCGUCGUAUUACGUAGAGCGAAUUGUACGACCGCAUUACGUCGUAGUUAUAUCUGAUUACAACGCGAUUAAUGAGUUUUCUUUAGCAACUAGUACAUUCGACAUGUCCUUUGCUGCUUGGCUAGUGAUAUUCGUUUACGAGAAGGAAUAUGGCUUCGAUUAUUGUCACAAUCCACCAGGUAACAUAUUUCAUUUGAAAUUCAACACGCAAAUGUUGGUCCGUUGCGGUAUGGAAAAUGUUUUACGAGAAUGGUAUUCCAUCGAUUUGAAUCGAACUGAGAUCGAUGAUGUAGCAACAUGGAGAAUAGAGAAAGGGAUCAUUAAAAUAAUUCCUCAUGUUCUUCAUGAUAGAAGAUAUAAUUUACAGGGCUUGAUCAUGAGAGCCGUUAUAGUUAAGAAUUCACCGUUCGUAAAAGUAAACAAGGAUGGCAGAUUAGACGGCAUGUUUGGUAGAAUAUUAAAGGAACUUUGUGUGACUCUUAAUUUUAGUUUGAAAAUUGUUUCGGAAGUAGAAGAAUACGGAACUUGGAAUUCAAAAGAAAAAACUUGGUCCGGAGCAGUGGGAGAAUUAUAUGCUGGACGCGCUGACAUUUCUAUUUCAGAUUUUUCUAUUACCAGUGCGAGAUUGAAUGUAGUUGAUUUCACUCUCCCUCUUUUGCUUUCCAAAAAUUAUAUUUACAUUCAGAAACCGCAGAUAUUUGCGAUUAAAUGGUCAUCUUAUUUUCUAGCUUUCUCCAAUUCGGUUUGGAUUUCUAUAUUUGGAAUAUCAGUGUGUGCAACGAUGUUAUUAGUUUUUUUCAAAAUAAAAUACGGAUCGGAAAGUAAGAUAGGAUAUUUAUUGUCGGAUAGUUUUCUCGAUAUUUGGGGUAUAUUUUGUCAACAGGGACUUGCAGAUUUUCCUAAUAGAACUUCGUUCAGAAUAGCAUAUUUCUCUAUGAUUCUUUUGGCUGCCGUAUUAUCGGCCGCCUAUUCUGCGGCAUUGAUAAGCUUUCUAGCAUCUGCUACGACCGUAUUACCUUUUCGUUCGUUAGAGGGCUUCGUUGCAGACGGUAGUUAUAAACUUAUCGUCGUCCGUGGUUCUGCGGAUUAUGAUUUGUUUGUAAAUUCAGAACAUACGCUUGCAAAGAAAUUGACGAAGUUGAUGCUAGAACAUGAAAAAUUGCCAUUAACUGUUCUGGAAGGAUUUAAGAGAAUUUGUAAAAAUCCAAAACUAGCAAUUUACGCUCCCGACGAAGUAGAAAGAAGUGAAUUUGUUAAAAUACCAUGUAACCUGAUUUAUGUUGAAACGGGAAAAGUAGACAGUUUAGCCAUGAUUUUAUCUAAAAACAAUCCAUUCACAGACGUUAUCAAUUUUCACUUGCAAAAAUUUAUCAACAAUGGUAUGAUGGAUCGUUUAACAGACAGGACGUUUAAAGAGGAAUCUAACGAUGAAAUAAAUCAUCAACCUGUUCGCAUAACCAGUAUAAUAUCCCUUAUAUUUUUUAUAUUAAUUGGUAUUGUCUUGAGUACUUGCAUUUUGAUCAUAGAGAAGUGUUUUUUCGUUCAUAAAAGUAAGAAGAAGACGAUGCUAGAUCUUAUUUCGUUGAAAACAUCAUCGGUGUAUUGUAUAAAAAGAAAUAAAAAUGUAAAAAAUAUUGCAAAGUAUUAUACGAAUCGAAAAUGUGUAGACGUAAAAUAUUAACAACGAUGUUAAUGUUCAUUUUCAA